AUGCUGGACGGGCUGAAGAUGGAGGAGAGUUUGCAGAGCGCCCUGGAUCCCGCGGCCCCUUUCUCCUCACUGCUGGGCAGAGCCGCGACCCCCAAGUCGGUGUGUGAAGGGUGUCAGCGAGUGAUUUCGGACCGGUUCUUGCUGCGCCUGAACGACAGCCUGUGGCACGAGCAGUGUGUCCAGUGCGCGUCCUGCAAGGAGCCCCUGCAGACCACCUGCUUCUACCGAGACAAGAAGCUCUACUGCAAGCUGGACUACGAGAAGCUGUUUGCAGUGAAGUGUGCCGGGUGCCUGGAGGCCAUCGCGCCCAGCGAGCUGGUGAUGCGCGCCCAGAAGAGCGUCUACCACCUGCGCUGCUUCUGCUGCUGCGUCUGCGAGCGGCGCCUGCAGAAGGGCGACGAGUUUGUGCUGAAGGAGGGGCAGCUCCUCUGUAAGGGCGACUACGAGAAGGAGCGGGAGCUGCUGAGCUUGGUGAGCCCGGCUCUGUCGGAUUCUGGCAAAAGUGACGAUGAGGACAGCAUCUGCAAACUGGGCCAAGCCUCGGGGAAGGGCGCUGAGGAUGGGAAGGAUCACAAACGGCCCAAGCGGCCCCGGACAAUCCUGACCACGCAGCAGCGGAGGGCGUUCAAGGCAUCCUUUGAGGUCUCCUCCAAGCCCUGCAGGAAGGUGCGGGAGACGCUGGCAGCAGAGACAGGGCUGAGCGUCCGGGUGGUGCAGGUCUGGUUCCAGAACCAGCGAGCAAAGAUGAAGAAGCUCGCCAGGAGGCAGCAGCAGCAGCAGCAGGAUCAGCAAAACACACAGCGCCUGAGCUCAGGCCAGACAAACGGCGGCAGCAGCACAGGGCUGGAGGGGAUGCUGAACCCUUACACCACUUUGCCCCCGCCCCAGCAGCUGCUGGGCAUGGAGCAAAGCGUCUACGGCUCCGACCCCUUCCGGCAAGGGCUCACCCCACCUCAAAUGCCUGGAGACCACAUGCAUCCCUACGGUGCCGAGCCCCUCUUCCACGACUUGGAUAGCGAUGAUACCUCACUGAGCAACCUGGGUGACUGCUUCCUCGCCACGGCGGACGCGGGGCCACUCCAGGCACGAGUGGGAAACCCCAUCGACCACCUCUACUCCAUGCAGAACUCCUACUUCACUUCCUGAGUGCAGCGUGGUCCCUGGCACGGGGCAGUUAC